AUGGCUAAACGCAACAUCCUGAUGAUUGCCGACGAUCUAGGCAAACAACUAGGCUGCUACGGAAACACAAAGAUCCAAACCCCAAACCUGGACCAGCUCGCCUCCAAGGGGAUGAAAUUCGAGCAAGCAUUUACGUCGACUGCUUCUUGCAGUGCUAGUCGCUCUGUCAUCUAUACCGGUCUGCACACUCACCAAAAUGGCCAAUACGGGCUGCAUAAUAAUCGGCACCACUUUACAACUUUCGACCAUGUCCAUGUCGGACCAUCGGGCGUUUACCCAUGGGAUAUGCGCGCGGAGAGCGAUAGUCGCGACGUGGCAGCUGUUGCUGAUCAGGCUUCGGCGUUCUUUGAGAAGUCAAGUACAGACGAGAAGCCUUUCUUCUUGACAAUUGCCUUAAUUGAUCCACAUCGGGACUGGACUCAAUCCGGGUUUGGGAAUGACGGCGAAUAUGACCCCCGGGUGAAGAAGAUUGAGUACUCGCCCGAGGACGUCGAAAUUCCGCCCUUCGUCAACGAUCUACCCGGCGUGCGCUAUGAAUUCGCCGAAUAUUAUAAGUCUAUCUCCCGACUCGAUCAAGGCGUUGGUAUGGUGUUGAACGGAUUGAAGAGAUCUGGUCUGGCAGAUGAUACACUGAUUAUCUUCCUAAGUAAUAAUAGGUCACCGUUCAUUAAUUCCAAGACAACACUAUACGACGCCGGUGUCAGUCUGCCAUUGAUCAUGAAAUACCCCGGAUCACCUCCCGGAAUUGUCAACCCGAAUACCGUGUCGUACACCGACAUUCUGCCACUCUUCUCGAUUAUGCGAACCAUCCUAGCCCCGAGCAUCCAGAUCGUAUCGGUCGUUCGAUACUCCCCAUCCUCGCUGAAACAUCUCCUCUUGAGGACUGGGGCCAGGUCUUCGUACCACUGCAAUAUUGCGUGGAGACUUGAUUUCCCGUUCGCGGCUGAUAUAUAUGGGUCAUUGACAUGGGAGGAGAUCCGGAAUGCCGGUACUAGCACGAAGAUGAUUGGGUCUAGACCUUUGAAGGAUUAUUUCUUCCGUCCGGCUGAAGAGCUGUAUGAUAUCCAAGCUGAUCCGAAUGAGAUUCGCAAUCUUGCCAAUGAUGCUGAGUAUCGGUCCGUUCUGGAAGAUAUGAGGGCCACGCUGGAGAAGUGGCAGCGCAGGACGGAAGAUGCUUGGUUGUUCCGCGAUGGUGUUUCCUUGCUCUUGGUCAGACAUCAUCUCGAGGCUGGGUUCGAGGUGCCAGAUCGUAUUGAUUUUGAUGUCGAUGCGCCCGAAAGUAAGGGACAGCCUAUCUUUAAUAGAGAUCUGCCCUGGGGUGCUGCGGUAAAGUGA